AUGAAAUCGGAAGAAAAGACAAGGAUCGCCGAUCUGGAGCGAAGCUUAUCUCGUGAAAGAUUGUCGAGAGAUAGGAUGAAGAGCAAAUACGCAGAUUUAUCGAAUAAACUUGAACAAGCAGUUCGUCAAAUGGAUUUGCUACGUUCUAAUUCAUAUUCAUCUUUGCGUGCUGGAGCAGCUCAGAUUUUUACCAAUUUGAUCAACGUAGAAAAUUCGAUAAAUUUCAUUCGAAAUUCAUUAGUUUCAUUAGAUGAUUAUUGCCUCCGGGCAGCAAAUCUGCCGUUGGCAAAUAUAACAACACAGCUAAGCGCCUAUAAUCUCGCUCGUCUAAAUCUCAGAUUCUCUCGUGAUGAAAUCGGUAAUGACAAUAUGAAACAUGAAAAAAAAAUUUUUGCGAGUGAAUUUCUUGAAGAAGAUGUGCAUUAA